AUGGACCUUGAAUUAAAUUUGCGGAGGUAACCGGGUCACGCACAACGUCGUGGAAAUACACUUCUGUUGUCAAAUUGUUGAUUUACAGUUUUUACGAUGUACAACCGCUUGGAACGGCCUUUUGUUCGUUUAUUAUUAGCCUAAUUUUUUGGCAGAGAUGCGGAUGUAAUUCGAACUCCUUGAUUAAAUUUAAUCGGAACGAUGGAUGAAAUAAAAAGUAUCGUCAACCGAACUGUUGAUGUACUGGAGCAAGACAACCGAGGUGUUCAACUUGGUUGUUACUCCGUAGCUUUGGUGGGGUUAACAAUUGCUAUAAGGAAGGUCCGCCCAUUUUCUAAAUUUCGAAAACCAUCAGAUAUUCCUACUAAGUUUAUAACAGAACGCAAAGAAUUAACAGGAGUUGUUGAAAGAAUUGACCCAAAUGGAGCUGUACUUAUGGUAAACCAUAAACCACUUAUCCCGCUACCAGGAAUUUCUAAUGGUCAGUUACCUGUUAAAAUAACUGGAGUGAAGGUGUUUGGAUUUGGUCUAAAUUGGUUACAAACCAUCGUAGUUGGUAAUGAGGUGAAGUUCAUUCCUAUAGCAAAACAAGAAAAGUUUCUACAGUGCCAAGUUCUAUUACCCCAGAUUCAAAAUAACAAAACACGAGUUAUUAAUGUUGGUGAAUCUCUGGUCAAAAUUGGUUUUGGUCAAGUGACUAAGGUUGACAAAAGCAUGUCAAAUGAUCGUAAUUAUUUAACAUACUGCAGUCGCCUACAAGCAGCAGAAAAUUAUGCAUUAAAAAAGAAACUGGGGGCAAAAUAUUACAUCAAACCCACAACAGAUGCGUUGACUUCCCUUGCAAAAAGUUUUAGGAGACUGGCCUUCGAUCUUUACAGACACAUUAUACAAAUUCCAAAGUUGCCGGCCUCCUAGCAAUCAAAGAUAUACUUAGCAGUUGAGGUGGUAUUUACAAUCUUACCUUUCAUGGGUGUGUAUAAAAUAAUAAGUUUUUUCUUUUACGACAACUUACACUGAUGAAAGAUUGAGAAUGUAGCUACCACUCCAAUAGUAGGUUUGCAGCUGUUGUAUUGUUCUGUUGUUUAUGCUUAAAUAAAAAUUUAUUUUUCA